ACCAAAUCCACGAACAGAGCAUCUGUUGAUGUUAGGUUUAUCGGCGUCAUCUAAAAAACCGGCGAAGCCUGGAUGUUUCCUCGCUAUUUGCAUCUCCGCCUACAAGGGGCAAGAAACCUAGGUGCGCUCUCACCGAAAUUAUGGCGACCGCUUCCCCCGUAACUCAACGAACUGAGUUCUUCCAGCAACUAAAACGUGUCUGUAUUCCCCUCAGCCAAUUUGCACUCGGCCCAAAAAGCAAACCUGUCGACUCCAAGGAGGUCCUCAAGUUGCUAGAAUCGCUCAUCAACCUCUGGACUACCCAAGCAGACAAGGAUGGCUCUAUCCUGGACGACAAACUCGCUGACUAUGUCUUCUUUCCCAUCUCCCACCUCCUCCGAGACCGUGACCGGUAUCCCAUGCGGGUCAUCGAAGCCAUCAUCCGCCUGCUUCGGCUGCUCAUUCAGCAUGGUUGGAAAGCAAAGGCAUCGCCACAGCUCUUUCAACAACUCUUAGUCUUCCUCUCAUUCAUCGUCGGGGGUGUUCCAGAUCAGCCGAAGCAAGACAUGCCCGAGGAGACCAUCGUUGAGGGCUUCCGCACGCUUGCUGCUCUGGUCCGCAUUGCAGAGCCGUCUCACAUUGCACCGCCAGCCGAGUCAGCAGCGAAGAGCAAAACAAUACCGGCUCUUAGCCAUAGUCUCACGGUGAUGCUAGACGGUGUUUCCGAGGGUGUUGUGCCCUUGGUUCAGCUCGAGGCGGCCCAAUGUUUACACACGGUGUUCACCACCAUCAAGGACAAUACUGUCCUUGCGCAGUUCAUCCCCGGCACGAUUCUCCAGCUGGUCCUCGUGACCGUGCUCGCCGACAUCAAAGUCAGAUCGCUCGUCAGGGAACUGGAAAAGUCAAGUACAACAGAAAGUGAUGCGACGACUAAAGAUUCAGCCUCCUCGGAGAAUUUAACACCUUCCUGGCUAAAGGCAACUGCAUCUCAGGUCAAGAUUGCGUUGUCGGCUGUCCUCAAGCUUCGGGCAAAUGAGUCCGAAGAACUCCAAUCUGCUCUUCACAGGCUCUGCAUCAGCCUUCUUGACGAAUGCCACGCCUCACUUGCUGACUGCCGACCGAUGUUCGUGGAAACUGCCAUGAUGCUGGAAGAUCAAGAUACACAAUCCCGCCUUGAGACUAGCCUCCAAGACCUUGCCGGCGUCCAUGCGGAGCUCGGAGACAGCAUCAAAGUGGCACUGUACAGUUGGAUCACAGGCCUGCCCCGGGUCAUGCAGUCAAGCGAUGAACGGGUCAAGCAGCUAGGAAUUAGGAGCAUCCUUAGGGGUACUAGACUGGCGGCCGCGCUUCAAAUGGACUCGUCAACUCUGGACGACGCACUGGGGGAUUCUCUUCGAGAUAGCAUUAUAACCCUUGUCAAAGGUUCGAAGCAGCCGAGAAUCGUAGACGAGGCUGGAGCAGACGUAUCGACAGGGACCGAUCUCGCGAGGCAUGGGGUGGAGCUGGCAGCAUACAGUCCCGUCCUGCUCGACUCGGAAGGCCAGAGGACGACAAGAAAAGAGGUCGGCGCCUUGAUAUCCCGUGUAGGCUCCUCGGUCCAGCAGGUGAAAAUUGCGACGGCCAUGUUGGGUCAUGUCCGGGACUCCGAGGGUGUCGAGCAGAUCGCUUCUUUCUGGCUGUCGUUCGAGUUGUUGAAGGCAACUUACGCACAGUCCUCAGAUCUCGACGAUUUGUUUGACCUGUCCUCGCUGGGGGAAUCACGGCACCAGGAAGAGGCCUUCCGGGAGCUCUACGACUUCUCUACCACGGUGCUAUCUGCGCACUCAGACUCCGUCGAGGCGGACUGGCGGCUUGAAGCUAUCGCACUGGAGGUAGCGGCGUUUGCGGCCUCCCGUCUGAAGACCGACUUCCAGCCAGAGCUCAUCGACGUGCUCUGCCCCAUCACAACGUUUCUCGGCUCUCAAAUACCACAGCUUCGGAGGCACGCCAUUACCACGCUGAACAUCAUUGCCGCCUCGUGCGGCUAUGAGAGCGUCUCCGAUUUGAUCGUCGAUAACGCGGACUACAUGGUGAACUCCAUAUCUCUACGACUGAAUACCUUUGACAUCUCGCCCGCGUCAACCAAAGUCCUCACCAUGGUGAUCCGGCUGACUGGGCCGAGGCUGAUUCCUUUCCUUGACGACGUCGUCGCAGCAAUCUUCGCAGCCCUCGACAACUACCACGGCUACCCCGUCUUCGUCGAGAGCCUCUUCUCCGUCCUCACCGAGAUUGUAACCCAGGGCGUCAAGUCCGACAUGCUCCUCCUCGAAGACGCCAACACCAAAACCAUCGACCAUCGCAAACGGCCCCCUCGAUCCCUUGGCGUCCCGGGCAUCCUCGACACCCUCACAGCCCGCCUCGACCGCAUCGCACGCUCAGCCAAAGAAGGAAAAGAAGAAACCACCACCCUCCCGAUACACCCCCAUCCAAAACAACCCUGGGCCCCUCCCAAAGACACCAAAUCCAAACCCCAAGACGAAGCCACCACCCUCCUCAACAAACUAACCAACACCAACACCGACCCCGACACCCAACCCCCAGAACAAGAAGAAGAACCGGAACCGCCUAUACUCCCCUCAACACCAACCUACACCCUCCUCACCCAAAUCCUCACCCAAACCCAACACCACCUAACCUCCCCGACCCCCACCCUACGCCUCGCCCUCCUCAACCUAGUCGCCACCGUGUCCCCCGCCCUGGGGCCCGACGAGAAGGCCUUCCUGCCGCUCGUGCACGCCGUCUGGCCCGUCGUGCUCGCACGCCUGCGCGAUCCGGAGCCGUAUGUGGCCGUGGCUGCGUGUGGGGCGCUGGCGGCGCUGUUCCCCGCGAGGGAGGGGGCGGCGGCGGGGGAUGGGACGAGGAUGGUGGAGAGCAGCAGCUCGGGGCCGUCUGGGGGCGCGCUGGGGAGGUUUGCGCAGGCGUCGCAGGUGUGGGAGGCGGUGCUGGGGUUGCUGACGGCGAUUGUGGCGUUUGUGAGGGUCGAGGAUGAUAUGUUUGAUGAUAUCCUCGCGCUGGUGGUGGAUGUGCUGCCGCGGCACCCCGAGCUGAGGGCCGCGUUGGAGACUAUCAAUGCCGAUGCCGUCUGGCUGGCGUUGUAUGAGCGCGGGAUGGCUCGGGCGAGGGAGGCACCGGUUGCGGAGGGUUUUGAGUUCCGUUUUGCAAGCGUGGAGAGGGGAACGGUGCAGGUUGGAGUGUAGGUAGUAUCCGUUGUGUAGUCGUGCAAGCAAGGUUGGACCUGACUACACUUGUUACAUAGUACCCGCGAACCCCACAUCCUUCUCACCCAGGUUAGGCUAGUAUUAGCCCGCAACCGAAGUUCAGUAGUUGUAACCUCCUCACUUGG